AUGGCAGGCAUACAAUCGAUCCAGGCGCUCUCACAGCUGCCAUCUCCAGCACGGUCCCACAGCAAGUCGCUGAUGAGACAUGAUGAGGAUAUUCGGUGUAUCAUAUCCACGGUACUAUUUUUCGCCAUCUUCGUCAUCACUUGGCAAACCUUCACAUCGCCAUUUACAGGUGGCUUACUUUCCUUUAUAGCAUGGCUCUCGCUGUUUAAGCUAUCCUUCAUGGGCGCUGUAACAACGCAUAAUGCUAUUCACUUGCCCAUCUUUUGGGAUAAGAACUGGAACAAGUUCUACCAGAUUUGCUUGUCUCUACAGUACGGUGGUGCUGUGUCCAUCUUUAUACCAGGCCACAACUUGUCUCACCACAAGUAUCCUCAACAAGCAAGAGACGUUAUGCGUACUACCAAAGUUCGAUAUAACUGGAACCUCUUGAACGGUCUACUCUUCUUUUGGCACGUUGUUUUGUCGGGAAACACGGAUGACAAGCUGUAUUUUGAGGCUCAAGCCCGUCUCAACCGACCUAUUGUGAAGCAGCGCCGGCUUGAAGAGGUUGCUGUUUGGAGCGCCACAGCAGUGCUUGUUCUACUAGAUUGGCGUCGAUGGAUCUGGUUUGCACUGCUGCCACAAUUUUACGCCAAAUACUGCAUCCUCUCGUUGAACUUUCUCCAACACGAUGGGUGCGAUAUGAGCUCCAAAUACAACUUUGCGCGCAAUUUUACUGGUCAGGCGCUCAAUUACUUGUGCUUCAACAACGGUUAUCAUACCGUUCAUCAUCUGCACCCCGGGCUACACUGGUCCACCCUGCCGCAGAAGCAUCAGGAGCUUAUCGCACCUCACAUCGCGCCGAGCCUGGAGAUCUCGAACAUAUUCCUUUACAUGUGGCGAAGCUUCAUUUAUCCGGGUCUUCGGCUGGACUAUAAGGGCCAUCCGCUCCUGAUCUCCAAAGAGGAAAACGAGAUGCCGGACGAACCAUGGUUCUACAACGAGACAGAAACCUACUCAAAUAAUCAGGAGUAUCUUGCCCAUGGUAUGAAAUAA